CCACGAUGACUCCCUCAGGAGUCAAGACUCCCAUCCCAUAAAGCGCCACCACAUUCCAAAUCCCAAUCCGCGAUCCGCAAUAACAACAAUGUCUUCAAUAACCUGCAUCCCGAUCGACUUCUCCACCAGUGCCAUCGCCGGGCCAUACGACACCUUCUUCGCCCUAAUCCUCGAAGAUGUGUUCACGGCCAGCGAAUGCGUCGACCUCAUCGCGCUCGCGGAAAGCGAGGAGCCCUGGAAACCAGCCAAUGCCCCGCGCGAGCAGCCGGGAAAAAACCGGGCUCCCAUCUCGGGGGGGGAAUACGCGCCGGUUCAUGCAGUCUCCCAAGCUUUCCGCAAUAGCGAGAGGAUCAUGCGCGACGAUCCGGUAACUGCUGCCAAGAUAUUUGAGCGCAUACAACCGUUCCUGCAUGAGGUUGCAGAGAUCGGGCCCGACAACAAGUUCGUCGAUAUCACGGGGAAGGCGGGGCAGAAAUGGAGUGCGGCUAGAGGCGAAACUGGGUUCUGGAGGCUGGCGAAGCUCAACCACCGCCUCCGCUUCCUCAAGUAUGGGCCCAGUCAGUACUUCAAGCCGCACUGCGACGGCCUACAGGACGUUGCCGGUUCUGACGACGGCUCUGAGCCUACAACGAAGAGUUUCAUAACGAUACAUCUAUAUCUGAACGACGGCAAUGGACUUGAAGGCGGAGCCACGAGGUUCUACACACCCAACAAGAAACGGUGGCUCGAUGUCGAACCGAAGCUCGGAAGGAUCCUCAUAUUUCAGCAGCGUAUGCUCGUGCAUAGUGGUGAGGAGGUCACAGGUGGUACGAAGUACACGUUGAGGACGGAUAUUAUGUUCGAGAAAGUGGUUGUGACGAGGGAGCAGAGGAAGGCCGCGGAAGCGGCGGCGGCACAGGUGGAGACGACGGAGUAAUUGGAAUACCAUGGAACAAAUAAUGACAGAUAAUGACUCAAGCCAACUUAUAACAUACUUUACGGGAGCUAUGGCUCUUGUCCACCGAUCAGACGUGACUUAGCACUUUAUCAUAGCGUGC